UUCGAUUUCAUAAUAAUGUAGAAACCUGAUAUAACGCACAAUUCUAGUCUCAUUUAUGUUCAACUGACAGAUAUACAAGUUUAUUAAGAUAGAUAGAUGUCUUAUGUUCAUUCUAUGGUCAAUAGGGGGCGUCUAUACCGGAGUUUGUGCAAAGCAAAGCACCUUACAACAUGUUUCCCUGAUGGAGAGAAAGACGGAGGAGAUGCUGCUGCAGAAAGCGUCCGUUUCUCCGGUGUUUUCAUGGACUUUCGCGGCUCUGGGAUAAUUUCAUAAAUGCAGGACCUGUUUUACUUUUGGAUGCCCUUAAAAGACUUGAAAUCAGAGGUUGGUGUGGUUUAUGUAAGUUGAUGUCGACAUCAGAAGCGGGUGGUGCGCAUUCCUCCGAAUAUUCGCCGGAAGAAUCAACGCGAGGGUUUGUUUUCAUUUAGAUUUUGAGCGAUGCUGGAUGUUUAUAACGAAGAGCGGGAAUAAAAAACAGAAAGACGCGUAGACGAGGCCUGUGUCCUGCUUUAAUCGACAUCCAUCAUCGCUUCUCCACCACUAAAGCAUGGACAGAUUAGAGGAACUUGUAAACCAGUGGUUUUGGCGGCAGGAUUUCUGGCUUCCUCCCGGCGUCACGUGGAAAGACAUCGCUGAGGGGACGGCGGACGGAGGUCGGCAUCCCGUGCCCCGCGACCUGCUCAUCUCCCUGCCUUUGGCUCUAGGUUUCAUCGCACUGCGUUUUGUUUUCGAAAGGGUUGUGGCGCUGCCGCUCAGCUGGCAGUUGGGAGUACGGGACAGAGUUCGGGUGCGUGUCACGCCCGUCCCAAAGCUGGAGGCGUUUUACCUGCAGAAGAAGCAGCAGCCGUCCCAGAAUGAUUUGCUGCUUCUGGAGAAACAGUGCGGUCUCAAUCAGCGUCAGAUCCAGGCGUGGCUGCGUCAGCGCCGAAACCAGGACCGACCCAGCAACACCAGGAAGUUUUGCGAAGCCUCGUGGAGGUUUGUGUUUUAUCUCAUCGCCUUCUCAGCUGGUCUUGUCUCGCUCCUUUAUACUCCUUGGUUUUGGGAUCACCGGGAAUGCUGGCGCGGAUACCCAAGACAGGGUGUAGCUGAAGCUCAGUACUGGUAUUAUAUAGUGGAGUUGUCCUUCUACCUCUCGCUUCUGCUCUGCGUAUCGGUGGACAUAAAGCGCAAAGACUUCAAAGAGCAGAUCAUUCACCACAUCGCCACCAUUUUCCUCAUCGCGUUCUCGUACUGCGCCAACUACGUGCGCGUGGGAACCCUGGUGAUGCUCGUCCACGAUUCUUCGGACUUCCUGUUGGAGUCUGCCAAGAUGUUCAAUUAUGGUGGUUGGAGAAAAACCUGUGAUGCCUUGUUUGUCGUUUUCGCCGCCGUAUUCCUAGUAACUCGCCUUGUGGUUUUCCCAUGCAGAAUCGUCUACACAGCUGUGGUGGAUUCGUUGGACGUCUUUCCUCCGUACCCUGGUUAUUAUUUCCUGAACGGCUUGUUGCUGGUUCUUCAAGCUCUGCACAUCUUCUGGGCUUGGCUGAUUCUUCGAAUGGUUCACAAAUUUGUCUUUUUAGGCAAAGUGGAUCGUGAUGAACGGAGCGAUGAAGAAAGUGAGGCUGAUGAAGAAGAUGAAGGUGGAGAAGAAGAACGCAGCUGGGAGCAGAAAAAGGGUGCCCUUAACUCGAAAUUGGCGUCGUUGGCUAAUAACUGCGUUCUGAACAAUUUAACAAAUCAGAGGCGAAAAAUAAAUAGUAGAAUGCCGAAAGCCAGAUAGUAGUGCUACUUUAUGUAUUUAAACGUUGAAUCAUCUCCAACCUUCUUGGCUUAUCUCGUUUGUCAAGGUCCUACUGUAAUUUCAGGCUGCUGAUGAAAAACGUAGUCGGUAGAUUGCGUAAAAUAAAAAAUACUACUUGUAUUAUUACGUUACCAUUGGAGUAUAUUUGAAAUAGGUUCAACUUUGUUUACAGUUUAAUUAAGUAUAGCGCAUUGGCUGAGUAGCACUUAAACUCAGAAUACUUAGCGUACAUUAAAAUAGAAACAGACAUUUUAAGUAUUAAAGUUUUGAACUGUUUAAAUUAGGCUACUAAUUUGCUACAGAUGUUCAUUACGAAAAGGUGAUAUGUAAAAAAGAGUCAGACCCUCAUUUAAAUGUGUUCUUUUUAAAUACUUUUGUAGAACAAAAUGUAUAGAUAGUCUUCUAAGUUGUGUGAAAAUGUGUGAACUUCCUGCAGUGGAUGUUGUUUUCAAAAUGAGCACUGGUGCACCACUAGGAAAGACUUAGCACGCCAUCUAGUGGUGAGAUGUCCUCUCGUCUUUGUGAUUCUGCUACUGAAAGACUGUUGCAAGGAACUACUGGAGCUUGUUGUGUUUGUAAGUUGCCACUUCUUGUUGCACAUUGCCUUACAAGAAGAGAAAUCACCAGUUGAGAUUUCUCACCAGUGCAUGUGCCUCGAAAUCUUGAAAACAGUUGAGGACGCCUAUGUAGGGCCCUUGAUUUCUUGAAUCUGCUCCAAGGGCCAAAGGCAAAGUGUUUUUGUUGUUCUAGAUGGUUCUGGAAAGUUUAUUUGCACAGUAGCCAUAACUGACCUGUGCGUUUGUCUUACACUGUUUUAACUUAUGAAAGACCUGUGAUUGUUUUUGUAUGAAUUUUCCUCUUUUUAUUGGGAUUUACCAAGUUUAAUGCAACAUUUUGUAGCUGUUAUAUAAUGAUGACAGAAGAGGGAUAUAUUCUUAUAAUCUUCAAUACUGUUAAUGUUGCACAGUCAUCCACCAUUUUUCUCUGUGACCUUUUGAAUAACAAUAAAAAUGUUUUAGAAUAUGA